AUGGAGCUCCCAACUGAGACGACGCAAGCGACGAACAAUUUGGACCAUGCGAUGCAGGUGCCAAUGCCUUCCACGUUAGUAACGCCUUUCGCGUCGGACAUGACGCUGGCAUCGCUUCCAAUACCUGAAAUCUCUGAGAUGGAAUCGACGAAAUUGUCGGAAUUGUGCCAGGAAGUUCCGAAUAAACUGCUGGGAAUGUCGUUUGUGACGCCAGUGGAGACCAUGACUCUGGAAUGUCCAGAAGAAGUGGAGAAGAAUAAAGUAGUGGUGGGUUCUCUCAUAGGAAAGCGCAAGAACCUGACGGACCAACAGCGUGUGGCGAUUGUCCACUACCUUCUUGCGAACAGUGCAGCAGGAUGUCUGAAACACGGUGACAUUAAAGCUGCAGCUAUUCACUUUGGAGUGCACCGGGCCACAAUCCGACGGUUGUGGAAACUAUACAUGGAUUCUAAUGCCACGGAGAGUCUAGUGGGGAAUGUUGCUAGUCGGAUCAAGGGACGUUCCGGGAGAAAGCCAAAGAUGGCGGAUGAAGAGCUCAAGGUCCGAAUUGCUGCGAUUCCCGCAGAACGCCGAAUGACAGGAAGGGGGUUGUCCACAGCUCUUGAAGUGAGCAACAGUGUUGUCGUGCGUCUAAUUAAGACUGGAAAGCUACGACGUCACCCGAAGAAGCUGCACUACAUAAUGUAA